AUGAGAAUAGUUGGUUAUUUAAUUGCUUUAUUGUUGGUUGCAACAACUACAAUUGCAACUAUUAAUGCACAACAAGGUGUUUACCCAAGUGCUGGUGUAUACCUUACUUUUAGUACUUAUUAUACCUCUACAUUGGCUAAUACUAUGACAGAGACGAUUGUAAAUAAUUUAAAUGCACAAUCUGUACCAUCAUUUAAAGUAGAUGACGGUCAUAUCACUGUUGAUAUUUCAAACAUUCAACAAUCAGUUGGUAUGAAUACACCAUUCUACUUGCAAACAGGUGCCGGUAGUUAUCAAGCUGGUUGGAAACAAGUUGAUUUUACCAUUCAUAUGGAUUAUGAAGCUUGUUAUAAAUGGCAUAUGGCAGAUGAUGUUAAUAUUUGUGAACAUGGUAAAAUUGAAAUUGUUACAACAAAUAGUCCAAAUGUUACAUUGACAACUGCAUUUAAUUUAAUGUUUGAUUCUACGUCACCAUCAUUUAGUGACGUAUCGACUGUAGUUGGUGCACCUGGUAAUGCAAUUGAAUAUAGUGCAUCUUGUGAAAGCAAGGUUUGUGACAAGACAUCAGAGAUUCGUGAUGCUGUGGCCGACCAAUUCAUCCCAUCCAUCCAAACAACUAUAACCGAACAACUCAAUGCCAAGGCAUCAACCAUUGCCGCUCUAUUCCCUCCACUUAGACCAUUACCCAAUUUCUCGUACAAAGGUAGUAGUUUCAGUGUAGUUAGUAUGGGUGAGAUUGUUGAAGGUUCGGCUGGUGAUGAUCUACCACCCGUUACAUUUGCCGUCAACGGUGGUAUUGCUGUUAGUGCCGCCGGCGGUGGAGCCAACCCAGUCUAUCCAUCACAAGCACCUACUUUUACUCCACCAGCUUCUGCCAUUGAAGAUUUCCAUACGACUGAAUGGCAAGUAUUGCUCACCCCAUUCUUUUUCGAGUCUAUGAUUGAUGCAGCCCUAGAAACCUCUCUUCCAGGUCUAAUUGUACCAUCGAUGGUACCUGCAGACUCUCCAGUCACCCUAAACACCUCUGAUCCAUUCUUUUCAGAGACAGCUCCUGGUAUGACCCAAUCCUACCCAAAUCUUGCCAUCUCUAUCGAUAUUACUACCCCGGGAUCUGAACAAUCGACCUUUUCAUGCAGUGUCAAUGGUAGUGGUAUAGUAGUAUCUCAACUCGAGCUCUUGGCCACUUUUGUAGUUGCACCAUCCACACCAGCCUUUACCGUAUUGAUUGCAGUCGAUGCCACACUCGAUGUCCAACCAACCCUACUCUCCAACGGUAGUGUAUCAGUCGCCACCACAAUGACUGGGUUCAACCCAUCGGUCUCUGUUGCUUCGACCAAUGUAGGUGAGAUCGAUACCGAUGGUAUCCUCCAAAUGUUACAAUUAAUCGGUUCAAUGGCCGCAUUCCCAAACAUGGUCAUAAACAAUCCAUCAACUCAAUAUCAAUUCACUCAACUUGAAGCUGCCUACAAUAAUGAAAAAACGAUGAUAGUAGAAUAUCAUUGUGAAAGGUUAAAACACCGAGUUUUAGGAACCGAUAAUAAUAGUAGUAGUAGUAGUAGUACAUCAAUUGAUAAUAAUCAUGACAACAAUAAACAACAUACUAGUGGUGUUUUAAGUUAUAAUAACUUGGUACCUGUAAUUCCAAAGGCCUAUUACUUUUUAUUAUUUUUUUGCUUUGGAACCUAUCGACCAUUCAUUCCCAUUGCAUUGGCACACAUUAAAUUUACACCUAGUUUAAUAGGGCUUACUUUGGCCUUUCCCCCAUUCAUUUCGUUUGUAUCUUCACCAAUGUGGUCAGCAUUCUGCGAUAAAUAUAAAUGUCAUCGACAGGCAGUCGUCAUAUCGGCGAUCAUGUCAUCGUUGCUCAUAUUCUUACUCUACUUUGUCGAAAACCAUGCAAUUGUAUUUUGUAUAGUCCUCUUUAAUGCCGUAUUUUGGUCACCACUCAUUCCAAUCCUAGAUUCUACAACUCUAAAGAUUCUAGGUCCCUCAAGAGAUUUAUAUGGUAAACAAAGAAUGUAUGGUAGUGUUGGAUUUGCAGUAAGUGCAACUAGUAUUGGUAUAUUGGCACAACAUUUGGAUAAUUUUAAGAUUUAUUGGAUAAACUAUCCAGUUGCAAUGAUGAUCUAUAUGGUAUUGAUUUUGGUGUUUUACUAUGAUACUCCUGUCCCAUUUAAUAUAUUGGAGUUAAGAGAUAGAUAUUCUUGGACUGAUUUUAGAAAACAACCAUCAUAUAAACAACAACAUAUAGCAAUACCAACAUCAUCGUCAUCGUCAUCAUCAUCAUCACAGGUAUUUUCAGAUUUGGAUGGAGAUGAAGAUGAUAAUGAAGAUUUGGAAUUAGAAGUAUUAUCAAAUAAUGAUGAUUAUGAAGAAGUUGACGCAAAUAAUAAUAAUAAUAAUAAUAAUUCUCAAAAAGAAAAAGAUAAUAUGAAAAUUAAUUUAAUCAAUGACAAGAAAUCAAAAUCAUCAACGCCAACUACCCCUCCAACGCCAUCAACCCUAUCAAAUUCAACUCAACAAUUAACAUUUUUCCAAUCACUUAAAAUAUUAUUAUCAAAUUUUAAAUUAUUAAUGUUUUUGGUGAAUGCGCUGAUUGUGUCUUUGGGCAUGUCAAUGAACAACAAUUUCCUUGGAUUGGUUAUAGUCAAUGAUUUUAAAGGUCCGUCGUCGUUGAUUGGUAUCGCAUCGAUUAUGAAUGUCACUUUUGAACUGGUGUUCUUUUUCUUUGGCAAACAGUUGUUGGAGAAAUGGGGUACCAAGCGCCUCAUCAUCUUGUCGCACGUCUGUCUCAUUAUCAGAGUCGUAGGAUACAUCUUUUUACUAUCGGUCAAGGCGAGUGCCUGGGCCAUCCUUCCAGUCGAGUUACUUCACGGUAUCAUCUUUGCGUCGAUCUGGUCAGCUGGCAACAAGAUCUGUUCAGACCUUGCUCCCAAGGGUCUCGAGACAACCAGCCAAAGUCUAAUGUUUGCAGUCUACCUUGGACUGGGUAUGGGACUAGGUGCCCUUCUCGGUGGUUCAAUCUACCAAGCUUUCGGUCCAAUUGUCAUGUACACCAUCAUUCUCAUCGUCACUGUAUUCGGUCUCAUCCUUUUCCUAAUCUUUCAAAAAAUUCAAUCAUCCUCUUCGUCCAUGUCAAUGUCUGCAGUACCAACAACCGACAAGUCCGACUUUGAACCAUUACGUAAUAGUAGUAGUGACCAAGUCAAUGACACUAAAUCACUCAAUAAUAAUAUCGACCAAAAUAGUGACGACAGUGAUCAAUAUGACGGUGCCAACACUAUUGACACUUCCAACAACAUCAAUACUAGUGGCAAUAAUAAUAAUAUUAUGGUUGUCGACAAUGCCAUUCUUUCUAAUCUUAGAUUUAGUCAAGAUAUUAUAAGAGUAUCAUUAUUAUUAAAAGACAUGUCGACCAUAGUUGCCACACCAGCUGCCACUUCAACCACUUCAACUACUUCACCAUCAGUUGAAAAGAAGGAAAGAAAGCCACAAAACAACAACAACAAGAGAGAUAACAACAACAACAACAAGUCAGGUGAUGACAAGAAGAAGAGUUUCAACAACAAUAACAACAACAAGAAUGUUGGUGGAGAAAAUGGAGAUAAACCAAAAAAGACAUUUGCCAAUGACAAGGUAGGAGAAGGUAUCAACUUGUCGAUUGAAAAGGCUAUUGAAGAGCAAAAGGCAUUGAGAGCCAAGAGACAAGAAUGUUUGAACAAGAUGGCAUCCAACAAGGAGAGAAAUACAACCAUCAAGAAGGAGAUUGAUCCAGCACGUCAAGAGUUUGACAAGGCCGUCGCCGAAAGAAAGGCCAUGAAGAGCACCCUCCUAGUCGAAGACGAACAUUUAAAGAGAUUGAUCGAGGAACAAAAGGAGCGUCGUGAAUCCCUCAACAACAUCGCCAAGGACCUCCCCAUCAAGCUCAAGAAGGACAACCCCACCUUUGACCCCUUUGUGCAAAUCGAACGCAACAUUGCAGAGAUUGAAAAGCGCAUCGAAAAUGAAAAGAGCAUUCAAGCCCAACGUGUCCUCUUGAACGAAAUCUCAGAGUUGCAACAAUCCAAGCGUCGUAUUCAACACCACACCGAACAACAAAAACAACUUGGCACACAUGACGAACAAAUCACUGCCCAAAAGAGCAAGGUUCACGCGAUGCGUAGCGAAUUCCAAAAAUUGCAAAAGGUUGCUGAAACCAAAAAGCAAGCUGAAGAUCCACUCUACGACGAACAAAAGAAGAUCAUUAACGAAAACAACAGCAUCUUUGCCCAAAUCAAAGAAUUGGCCAACCAAAUCGCAGAAAAGAGCAAAUUCAUCGACGCUGAAAAGGCCCGUUUCAAGGUGCACAUUGAAGAGAGACGUGUCAAGGAGCAAGAGGAGCGCAAGAAGCGUCUCGAAGAAAAGGCCGCUUACAUCAAGGCCCAAGAAGAAAAGGCCCGUCAAAGAGAGUUGGCCAAGAUCCCAUACGAAGAGGAAUUGUACAUUUGCGACGGUCUCGUUGCCUACCUCAACACCAUCAAGCCAAAGCCUGUCGCUGCUGCCACCGAAGAAAAGCCAGUUGCCGCCGCCACCGAAGUCGAAGAAGGUUUCCAAGCUUUGCAACCUAAGCAAGCCAAGAAGGACAACAAGCGUAGUGGAGGUAGAAGUGCUUCUGUCGCCGCUCCAAAGAAGGAUUCCAAGCCUGCCGCCCCAGUCUCUGACACUAUCCGUCAUCCAAUGAACAUUUUCAUCAGCUUUGACAAGCUCUCUUUGACUCCACCAGAAAAGUACACUCAAGUCGAUGAUUUGAUUGCUCAAGUCGUCAUCAAAAAGGAUCACUUCUCUGCUCUCUCCAAACAAAAGUUGGAAGAACGUAGAAAAGAAUUGGAUGCUGAAAAGGAAAAGAAGGAAGCUGAAGAAGCCUCUGCUACUACCUCAACCUCGACCACUACUACUGCCGCCGCCACCCCACAAGAAGAAAAUGAUGUCAAGCCAGUCGUUGAAAAUGCAGAUACCAAAAAUUAA